UGGUCACAGGAGACUGGUUAGCGGAGCUGUUUUGUUCGUCGUCUUUGUCCAUUAUUUUAGUCCAUUGGUUUGUAUUAAUUGAACAAUACAAACCAUAAGAACUUGCAAAGCAAUACUGGCAUCGUCGUCGGACUCAGAAGACGGUGGAGUUUCGCCCCCACCGCUCAAAAAACAACGACUCUCUGUCUCGAAUAUGCAGGCAAAUUUUAAUGGCUGCCAGCAAAAUGGGGAAACCAGUGAGGAGAUUGAAAACGGUACCCAGCAAAAUGGGGCUUGUUCAUCAGCCACUAAUGGGGCUGUAUCAAGUGAAGGUGCUAAAGGGACACCCGUUAAAGCCAUGUCUAAGACUGACAUUGACGUAGUGCGACUGAUCGGUCAGCAUUUGAUCGGACUUGGCUUGAAUCGAACUGCUGAGCAACUCAUAAGUGAAUCUGGCUGCACAUUAGAACAUGAAGCUGCAGCCAAAUUCCGAUCCAACGUACUGGAGGGCGACUGGGAAAAGGCUGAAGCUGAUCUCGAAGAACUAAAGGAUCUUGUUGAAUGUCCACAAGGCUUGUUGAAAAUGAGGUUCCUUCUGCUAGAACAAAAAUACUUGGAGUAUUUGGAGGACUUCAGACUGCUGGAGGCCCUGAACUGCAUUCGCCAGGAACUGACCCCUUUGAAGUACAACACUGAGCGAGUCCAUACCCUUACAUCAUACAUGAUGUGCAGUAAUGCUCAGGAACUUCGUGAGGUAUCCCACUGGGCAGGUAAAGGACUGGAGUCCAGACAAAAGCUCAUAGAAAGAUUACAAACGUUUUUACCUCCGUCUGUGAUGCUACCUCCACGUCGUCUCUUAACUCUUCUGGGUCAGGCCGUCGAACUUCAGAAGGACAAGUGUCCAUACCACAAUACCAGGCUGGACAUCAACAUCGAUGCUGUCUCAUUGCUUCUCGACCAUGCAUGUACAAAAGACCAGUUUCCGUGUCAUACUAUUCAGAUUCUCAAUGAGCACUGCAACGAGGUUUGGUUUUGUCGCUUCUCACCUGAUGGAACGAAACUCGCUACUGGGUCAAAAGACUGCUCUAUGAUCAUAUGGGAUGUUGAUAUGGAAACGCUUGAACUGAAGCACAAAAAGACCUUUGAUAACCAUUCAUAUGGUGUGGCUUACAUUGCCUGGAGUCCAGACAGUAAGUUCAUUGUAGCAUGCGGCCCAGAAGACUGCUCAGAACUGUGGAUAUGGAACAUUGAGACUGGAGACCUGCAUCAGAAAGUGACCCAGUCACCAGAGGACAGUCUUACCUGUGCGUCGUGGCAUGCGGAUGGCAAAAAGUUCGUUACAGGUGGACAGCGGGGACAGUUCUAUAUCUGUGAUAUGGACGGUACUGUGCUAGACAACUGGGAGGGAGUGCGAGUCCAGUGUCUGGCCUGUCAAAAUGACAUGAAGACUGUGCUAGCUGCAGAUGCACACAACAGAAUUAGAGCUUACAACUUUGACGAUCUUACUGAUUUCCACAUACUUCAGGAAGAUCAGUCCAUCAUGUCUUUCACACUAAACGAUACUGGCAGAUUAGCCUUACUCAACAUAGAAACACGAGGUGUCCAUUUAUGGGAUAUCAAAGAUCGGGUAUUAAUUCGCAAAUUUCAGGGAGUUACUCAAGGCAACUACAGAAUAUAUUCAUGUUUUGGUGGUUUAAAUCAAGACUUUGUUGCCAGUGGAAGUGAAGAUUACAAGGUGUAUAUCUGGCAUAUUAAGCGUGAGAGUCCGAUUGCUGUGCUAGAGGGCCACACGCGCACUGUGAACUGCAUCCACUGGAAUCCUAAAGUGCCUAGCAUGUUGGCCAGUGCAUCGGACGAUGGCACAGUCAGAAUAUGGGGACCUCUAGAGAAAAGCAAGCUAGGCAACCUUAGCGAAUCUGGCCGAAGUACUCCUGUAUGACCCAGGCUCAAUCUAACAGACUAUAUGAAAUGUACAAACUCCACAGACACGAUGGUGUGAUGACCUCCACAGUCACGAUGGUGUGACGACCUCCCCACCCACCAAGAGACUUGGACAGCGAGCGGAACUAGGGAUUUUAUUCUAGAGUAGUCUUCUCUUCUUUUUUUUUAUCUGUGGGUUGGAUUGUGGUGUGGGUCAGGCUGGGUAAUGUGUUGUUUUUAACUCAAGGCAGUCACUUAAUCGUCAGCAUAAUUGCUGUUGGAAGGUCCUACUUCCACUUCUUAUUCUCUCCGACUCAUCUCGUCAGACUGUUUUCUUCGUCAAUGAAGAAUCGUGUGUGUACUGGUACUAAUGGACAUGCCCAGAAUGAAACAGAAGUGUCAAGUUUGUGCCAGCUAAGCAACACGUUUUCAAUGUGUUAUUCCGUUGUCAUAAAGAAAGACUUGGAUUUUAUGAUCGCAUGUUACUAUAUAUAUAUAUAUUGUGAUUCCAUAUUAUCUGCUACACUUUAAAAUAGUGGCGACGUGUGAAGCAAGAUGGAGGACUAAACGUGAAUUAAAACUAUGAUCCGCGCAAUGUUUGUUUCGCACUAGAGAAUGGUGAUCCCAUGUUAUCCAUUGCUAUUCAGAUGGUGGUCAAGUGUGAGGCAAGACAUUGUGGUUCAUACUAAGCUGUCUGAUCGAGUUUGAAGUCGGGCACUGUGAUUCCUGUUGUGUCUGUUCCACUCUUGUCAAAUAUGAAGUGACAUACUCUGACUUGAAUGAUGUCUGUCCCAGUCCGGGGUGAAGCACAAUACUUAACAGUGUCCAGGAAAUGUUGGCUUCACCGUGAUUAGUUUGAUUCCCGUAACGUCUUGUUCAGGAUUUAAUCGUGAAGCAACACCUUGUAAUCCAUACGGGUUUUCUUAAUCUUUGCCAAUGGUGAAGCAGUGUGUUGAGAUUGACAGAGUGUAUGUGUCACAUGCUUGGUAUAUAAGGUUCCUGUUACACUUGUCAGGUUUGAGACAAACACAUGGUGUUUACUGUGUCAUUCAAUAUAAAUGUAUGCUGUCUGUUACACUGAUAUUCUGAGACCAGGGCCCGUGCUUAUAAAAAAAAAUGUACAGUCCAGACUUGAUGUCUAAUGAUAUAUGCAUACAAUUUGUAUAGCGUUGUCAUGACAUUAGUGUCUCAGACUGUUAGAGUCUCGAGUCUAGACUCUAAAGUUUGAUAAGCACCAGGCCUGGUAUAAAGCAACACAGAGUAAUCUGUACGGUCUUUGUCACCUUCUCGUUGAUUGUUGAACUAAACAAUUGCUGUACCAUCAUUGUGUUGUCAGUUCACAAUCAACGUUUUCAUGUGCAUGCAAAACAUACUCUUCUUUCUUUUUUUUAGCCCCCUCCCCUUUCAAAAAGCAUACAUACACUAACAAAAAGCAUACACACACUAAUAAAAAGCUACAUUUUAAAAUUGAUUUUAAAAGCAAACACUGACAUUGACCCCCUAAUUGUAAUGUAUGGUUUGUAUACUCAUGAAAAUGGUAAUUAUGAAUGUGAUGUGUUAUGUAAUUAACUUGAAUUUUUAUGUCUUAUUCAAAGCAAAAUAAACCUAAGAGGGCUAGCUCUGGCAUUCCCCAAAUUCACCAGUUGCAAAUUAUGAAACAGUUGGCAAAUUUUUUUUUAUUUGGCGAAAUAAUGUAGAAAAGUUUGUUAGACAAUAACCAGGUUUCUGCAGUUAUUGACAUUUAACAUAUAAUUUGGCAAAAUGUUUUUCCUUCCAAGAGCUAGCCCUGUUUAUUCAAAGCUUAAUAUGAGGUACAUGUAAGACAUUUUAAGGUUUGUUACAGUUUGCCUAUUGUCAAACAAUAUGAUCUGAUUCUUGUAGUUAGUGACUUGGUCAGAACAUGCAAAGUGAUAGAUUGUUAUCCAUAUGGUUUCUGUAACACUGUUAUUAAAUAACACACAAUACACUGUGACCCAUACAGUGUUCUGUAACAACUAAAGAGUGAAAUGUGUUGGAAGACAUUUUGAUCUAAAUUUUAAUUCUGUGAAUUGCUGACAUGGCAUUUGAACACUUACUUUGCAAAAGGAUCAUGAGAGAGUAAUUAUUUGACUCCUGAUAAUGGCAAGUGGUGAUUUAUUGGUCUCUUCUGCAUGUUUUGAGAAAGACCAAUUUCAUUAACAAAUUAUUGUAGAACUUUAAAUAACGUGAAACCACACUAAUGAAAACCAAAUUGAGUACCCAAAAAAAGUAGAAGCUGCCUAAAUAUUGACAUUAAAGAUGUCACAAAAGCAUGUUAGGCUACUAUUUUACUAUUAAAAGACACCGUAUUUCCAAUUAACUGACACAAAAUAAUAUAUCUGGAUAAUGCUUUUCCUCAAGCCAAUACAUCGGAGUGCUUUAUGACAGCUGAUGAGUGCUUGCAAGCAAUUUCAGAAAUCCCUGUUCUAUUUUAUUUAAUAUUAAGUGCAAAAGAAAGAGACUAAAGGGCAUUUUCUAACACCAUGUGGUGUUUUUAUCAGUUAAACAAUAGUGAUCAAUUCAAAUUUGUAUUUAGUUGUGGAAAUUAUAUUAAAUGGCUUCCAAAUGUCUAUGCAAACAAUCCUUAAGCUUUGCAAUCAGAAAAUUGCUUUGACAAAAAUUGCUACAGCUAAAAUAUACUUUGCCUCAGUAUUUCUAUUUUUAAUGUUUAUACUAGUAUCGUUUCACUCGUUACAUCACCAAAUGUAAUGCUGAUGUGGAUCAGUUUUACUUCAGAUUUUACAUCAGCAUUACUGAAUACUGAUGUAAGGACUGUCCUGCAUGAAAUGGGUGAUGAAAUGUACCCAGGGAAUGCUGGUACAAUCUUCAUAGCUGGAUGGAAAAUCAUAAUUGGUAUUAGCAGGGUAUGAAAUUAAAAUGGGGAAAACCAUCCCCAUAAUAUGACUAGAUAUGUGGAAAUUGUGGAACAAGACUUUCUAAAAUGAACAAGAUUAAAUGAGUAUGUAUGUAGUUUAAACAGUCAGCUUCCAAAUACUGAUGGAAUAUAUUCAUCAUAAAUUCGCUACAAAUAAAAUUUUCCAACUAAUCUUACUAAGUCCGUCUAUUUGUGUUUAGCUUUAAAAGGUGUAUGUUACAUUAGGUGACAGUAUAGAAAUAGAAAUUUCUUUCUGAUGGUUUGGAAGCUAAGUACAUAAUUGAAUAUGUAAAAAAAGUUAGCUUCACCGACUUAAAAGAUGCUUGAACUCUUUUUACUUUUGACAUACUUUCUUAUAUUGUUACAUUAAUGUGGCAUUGUAAAACACCAUUUAUAAAAUCCAUAAUGUAUGCAAAUUAAUCAGGUUCUGUUGCAGGUUUCUACUACUGUUUUGAAGCAGAAUGGUUUUGCUUUGCACACAAGCAUCACAAUCUUGAAGUAGGGCAGGUGAACUGUAAAAACUGAACUGAUGGAAAAUUAUGUUUCAGCAUACUAGUGAAUGCUUUUACCAGCUGUGUGGUUAAAAAUAGCUAACCAAAAUGCUUUAUUUAUUGCAUUUUUUUGAUAUUCUUAUUUUUAGCACUUGCAUUAAAAUGCAUAAUGUUUAUAUUUUUUAUUGUCAUCACUCAAAAAUCAUUUACGAUGUUUGGUAAAAAUAUUAAGCAUUGUGUAACCAUUGUGCAAUCGUGCUAUAAUCAUGUUUAACAUGAGACAUGCAUAGCAGCUGCAUUGAAAAUGAUCAUGUUCUUGUGCAGUAUUCAUUUUUAUAUUUAUACUAGGAUAACUGUGUGUAUGUUCAGUAGAUGGCAUUUCCGUAAACUGCAUAACUAUGUUACUGCAAAACACACAAUGCAGGCUAAUACAAAACACCAUAAUGUAUCUGUUCACAAAUAGUUAUUACAUGCAGAUCUAGAAAAAUAUAUCCAAAAGUGUGCAACUUCUUCUUUUUUAAAAUUAAUUAAUUUUGUUUUUGAUUAUUUUUGUAGAGUUUGUUGUUGUUUUUGUUGUAUGUCAGACGUUUAAUAACAACAUCAAGGACUUCAUAAAAUAUUUUUGUGCAAAAAAACAACCAUAAGAUAUUUCAUUAAGAAACUUAACACAGGAGCUAAACAUUUAUUUUUGUUAAAAUAAAAUAAAAUAUAAAAAAACCCUGAUCUUUCACAUUAAUACAUGGAAAGAUGAAACAUUAUCAUGUUACAUUUGUUUCAAAUAAUUAAUAUUAUUAACAGAGGGAAUAAUACAUCUCCUGUGAAGCCAUCUUUGUUAAAUUUCCUGUGAAACCAUCUUUGUCAGUAAGGACAGUCUCAUUUAGGAAAAACAAGUGAUCAUGGUUUCUCAUUUCUGUUGUUGGGGAGAUAACUCUUUUUUUUUUUACCCACCAUUGUCGAUUUUUGUAAUUUGUUGACCCAUGUUGAAAAAGUGUUUUCUUUCCAUAUGACAUCGUUUUAGUCUACUGGAUAUAUGUGUAUUUAUUGCAAAGUGGAUGUUUGAGGAAUUAAUUAUGCUAUUCAGAUAUUUAUAUGAAGUAGAAAGUAAUUGCCUUUCUGACACGAUUCUAUGUAGAUAAUGUGUAAAUAUUAUUACACUGCCCAGCUCCUUGUUGUCAUCAGUGAUUUUCUUUUAAAGAAUUCUUAUGUAUAUAGUAGAUAUUUAAUAACUUUGAAACUUGCUAAAGAUGAAAACUUUAGUGACAUAUAAAAUAAAUAUAUGUAUAUGAAGAACUAACACAUACAUAAGAAGUGGAUCAUAUUUGGUCAACUUUCUGCUGUCACAACUUUUAUGACUGUCCAGUUGCUAGUCUGAGCACUCAGUUUUGUUGUAUAUGACUGAUUAGUUGCUUAUCUGAGUGCACCCAUCGUUAAGUUGGGAGUUGGGGAAAUUACAGCGCAGUCGUCAAAUUGGCCAAUUCAUCGUGACGGUCAGUCAAAUAAAAAUGAAUAAAUCUGUCAACAUAACUAUUCUGUGACCAACAGAAGAUGCAUUUACCAAUUACAUCAUUAUUAUAUUAAAUGGCUUCCAAAUGUCUAUGCAAACAAUCCUUAAGCUUUGCAAUCAGAAAAUUGCUUUGACAAAAAUUGCUACAGCUAAAAUAUACUUUGCCUCAAUAUUUCUAUUUUUAAUGUUUAUACUAGUAUCUUUUCACUCGUUACAUCACCAAAUGUAAUGCUGAUGUGGAUCAUUUUACUUCAGAUUUUACAUCAGCAUUACUGAAUACUGAUGUAAGGACUGUCCUGCAUGAAAUGGGUGAUGAAUGUAGCCAGGGAAUGCUGGUACAAUCUUCAUAGCUGGAUGGAAAAUCAUAAUUGGUAUUAGCAGGGUAUGAAAUUAAAAUGGGGAAAACCAUCCCCAUAAUAUGACUAGAUAUAUUUCCAGCUUGUCAACGCCUAAAACAAUAUUAAAACAUGUAAACGUAUGUUUAUAAUCUUCAUAUAAAUAAUUUAGUAACUUAGUACAUCAAUAACUUUGUAAACAUAUCCCAUUUAGUACAUCAAUAACUUUGUAAACAUAUCCCAUUUAGCAUUGUUAAUAAUAAUAGGGAUUAUUUUUCAUAAGCUUAUAGUUAUCAGACUAAGGCAGUUACAUUAAUUUUGGUUUUCACAUACAAAUAUUUUAAGUGAUUUAAUUUAAUAAAAGAUAUAAAAAAACCCUCAUGAAAUCAGAUAGAAGAAAGACAUAAGAUUAUUUUACAGGUCUGUAUAAACAUUCACUUUAUUGUGAUGUUAUUUUUUAAUCUGAUCCUGUCAAAUUUCAUUUGUGCUUGUUAAAAUUCUAAAAGGGUCUGUUUUAAUGCCCAUACUGUGCCGGUUAGAAAAGAAACCUAUGCUAAUUUCAUACUCUGAUUAGAUGGAAGACAACCUGUUUGAAAUGUGUACUUGCUAAAACAGCCUAAUGUUUUAGAGUCAUAAUUAUGGGUUUGUUAUUUUAAUAUAAUAUAAUGGAUCAUGAUAACAAAAAAAUCUUAAUUUUAUCUUAUUGAGGGUUGUGUAUAAUCAAUACACAUAAAUAAAUGUUUUGUAACUGUGGUUGUAUCCUAGGAAAACACUGAUCACUGUCCACUAACUAUUGUAAAUUAUAUAUUUAUGAUGUUGUAAAUAUUUUCCACAAACAACUGUGCUUUAUGAUUUAUUGAAUCCUGGUUAAAAUUGUACCUCAUAAAAAAGGAAGGAAAUAACAUUGCCAGUAAUAUUUUUUAUUUAUUUAUGUUUUAAAUUAAUAACAGUUCACACUCGAGCUGAUUGUGAUGUCUAUGAAAAACUAACUCUCCUAUUAUUACUGUGUAUUGUCAAAGGUUUUCUGUAAUGUCAAAGUGACUGAAUAUUGUCACAUGUGAUGGGUUGUCCAUCAUCCGUCCAUUCUUUUCUUUUUUAAUGACACUUUAAAACAAUAUUUUUGAGAUGUAACCCGUGCACUUACGCACAGAAAGGGGGGUCUCCCACCCCCAUAAAUAUGAUUAAAUUUGAAAUUAAAGUAAGACUGUAGCUGACAUGACUUAACACUGCAUUGAAAACUUAACAAAAAUGUUCAAUGCCUAAAGGCAUCAUUAAAAGAUAAUUGUUUUGCACAGAUCAUUCUGCAAGUUAUUUUACUUUGAAAUUCCUGUUACAGAUGAAGGAGCUAUGAUAUGUAUUAGUCAUCUGGUAAUGAUCUCUAUUGUAUCAAUGUAAGUGAUCAAAACACGCCAUGCAUGCAUUAUACAUUAUUUUUCUUUUAAAUUAUAUUUAUAUUGUUGGUUUCUUUUUGCAGAUAACCUGAGACGACAAUAAUUGAAUAUUUUGGCAAUAAAAAUGAUCUUCCCUCCACCCAUCCAUUAAAAAACAACAAUUAUGCCUUAAAAAUAGAUUGAAAUAGAUGUUUUAGAGGACAUUUUCUUUACCAUGUUGCUGGAUAGUUUCUUAUAAUUUUAUGCUUUUAAAAUGCUAUCUUAUGAAUUUUUAUCAACAUGAAAAAUGGGACUGUAAAAUUUUAAUUGCUGGACCAUGUAGUGUCCAAGUUAAUUUCACUCUCAGUGCGGUGAACAAAUGACAGAUUAGUGGAGACUUCACAGUUAGAUAAUUUUCUCCCACACUAACAUCAGCUCAGUCCUGUAUAUUCUGACACAAACAUGCAAAAUUAAACUUAUUUAAAAGAAAUCAGACCCCCCAAACCUGAUUUCACGUAAAUAAGCUGAUCAACAACAAAUUCUUAUAAACCUUAUGCAUGAAGGUAGAUCUUUGGCAGUUCUGAGAUGGGCGGUCAAUUGAAUAUAUGUGUAUUAAUUUUAAAGAAAAUUACAACAGAAAAAGAAUUGUUUAUACAUAUAAUUUGAUUGUAAACCAUUUACUCUCAAAAGUGUUUAAUUUUUAUGUUGUGAAAAUUAACAAGAUAAAUACAUUCAUUAUAAAUACUUAAACACAUAUAUUAAUAUACCCCCUCUCAAUCUUUCCCCCAGUUCAAACCAGCACAUUCUUUAAAUGUAUAUUACAGGUGUGUGUGGUUAUUUUGUGAAAUAAAUAAAUAAUUGUUUUAAUGUUAACCAGUAUAAAAACAUACGACAUGUUUUUAUCCAGCAACUCUAUAUUACAGUUGUUUAGAUUUAGACAUUUACAUUGUGUCAGCAUAAGGAAUGUAUUACAACUUAAUUAUGUAUUUUCUCUACAUGACAUGUAUGUAAUAUUUUUUCUUUUACCAUUAUCAGAUUAUAUAUCAUCAUUUUCUGAAGGAAAUGAAUAAAUUUUGACUUAGUAA